AUGGGAUCAAAGUUUCAUGCUUUUAUGUUUCCAUGGUUCGCUUUUGGUCAUAUGACUCCGUACUUGCAUCUAGCCAACAAGUUAGCUGAAAAGGGCCAUAGGGUUACUUUUUUGAUCCCUAAGAAAGCUCAGAAACAGUUGGAACACCACAAUCUGUUCCCAGAGAGCAUCUUCUUUCACCCUCUUACUAUUCCUCCUGUUGAUGGCCUCCCUGCUGGCACCGAGACCGCCUCGGAUAUCCCCAUCUCGUUGGCAAAUUUAUUGUACGUAGCCAUGGAUCUUACACGCGAGCAGGUCGAAACCGCGGUACGUGCUUUGAGACCGGACCUGAUCUUGUUCGAUUUUGCAUACUGGGUUCCGGAAAUGGCUAAAGAACAUAACGUCAAGAGUAUGAUGUACAACGUGGUUUCCGCUACCGCUAUAGCUCAUACACUUGCCCCAGGUGGUGAAUUAGGAAUUACUCCACCAGGUUAUCCUUCGUCAACAGUGGUGUAUCGUGAACAAGAUGCUCACUCCUUGUUGUCUUUAUCCAUCUUCUACAAAAAGCUGUAUCAGCGGCUCAACACAGGUCUUAUGAACUGCGAUGUCAUUUCAAUUAGGACAUGCGGAGAAGUUGAAGGUAAGUUCUGCGAUUAUAUCGAGCGUCAAUUCAAAAGGAAGGUACUCUUGACGGGUCCAAUGCUUCCUGAGCCAGAAAAGAGUAAACCACUUGACGAUCAAUGGAGUCACUGGCUGAGCCGGUUUAGAUCGGAGUCUGUAGUGUUCUGUGCACUAGGCAGCGAAGUCAUUUUAGAGAAGGACCAAUUCCAAGAACUCUGUUUAGGAAUGGAGCUCACGAAUUUACCAUUUCUUGUAGCGGUAAAGCCACCAAAAGGAGCAAAGACGAUUCAAGAAGCAUUACCAGAAGGGUUCGAGGAAAGGGUGAAGAAUCGUGGAGUGAUUUGGGGAGAAUGGGUGCAGCAACCAUUGUUAUUGGCUCAUCCAUCAGUAGGCUGCUUUGUGAACCAUUGCGGGUUCGGAUCAAUGUGGGAGUCUCUACUGAGUGAUUGCCAAAUAGUCUUGCUUCCAUAUUUAAAUGAUCAAGUUCUCAACACUAGACUGAUGACUGAAGAUUUCGAGGUUUCAGUGGAAGUGCAAAGAGAAGAAACAGGAUGGUUCUCCAAGGAGAGCUUGAGUGUUGCAAUCACUUCUGUGAUGGAUAAAGAUAGCAAGAUCGGGAAUCUGGUGAGGAAGAACCACGCCAAAUUGAAGGAGAUUCUAGUUAGUCCUGGAUUAUUAACCGGUUACAUCGAUAAGUUUAUAGAAUCACUCCAGAAUCUUGUCAAGGAUACAAAACCUUGA